AAAGAUCAUAAAACAUAAAACAUUCUAAAACCCUAGUCUCAUCGGACCUGAAGAAAAAGCUUUGAUCUUUUCUGAAUAAAGAAAGCUCGUUACGAUGGAGAACCACUCUGAUCUACCUUCAAGAUCCAUGGAGGAUGUUGCAGCUACUCAACCCCUCUACGAACAAGAGGAAUCUGAGGAUACGCAGAGCGAGAACAGUGAAGUUGAAGUUGAAGUUGAAGACCUCCAACAACAAUACUUUGAGAACAGAGUGAAGUCUCUUGAAGCAGAGAAGGCUAAUGGAGAGAAUCAAUACCCACACAAGUUUUCUAUGUCGAUCUCAGUCGCUGAAUUCAUUGCAAAGUAUAAAAGUCUAUUCAACGGUGACCAUGUUGAAGAUGACCAAGUUUCUGUAGCUGGACGGAUAAUGAGCAAGAGAUCUUCAUCUACCAAGCUUUCAUUCUAUGAUUUGAAUAAUAGUUGUUUAAAGGUCCAAGUAAUGGCUGAUUUAAGGAAGUCUGAACUAGAUAAGGAUGAGUUUGCAAAGCUCCAUGAUUUUGCCAAGCGUGGAGAUAUCGUCGGUGUCACUGGUGUUCCUGGAAAGACUAAGAGAGGAGAGUUAAGUAUCUUCCCACGCUCGUUUACUGUGUUGUCUCCUUGCCUCCACAUGUUGCCGAAAGCUGCUAACAAUAAGAAGCAAGAAGUCUGGUCUCCAGGCAACCUAAGACAUCCUCAUACAUAUGUUCUUAAGGAUCAGGAAACUCGUUUUCGCCAGCGUUAUCUUGACUUGAUGAUAAACAAUCACGAGAUUCCUCAGAUAUUCAAGACCAUAGAUAACAUAAACAAGUACAUAAGACGCUUCCUCUCCGGUCUUGAUUUCGUUGAGGUUUCGACUCCAAUGUUUCACACGAUUCCCGGUGGAGCAACCGCGCGUCCCUUUGUGACACACCACCACGAUCUUGACAUGAAGCUCUACAUGCGUAUCUCACCUGAACUCCAUCUCAAGCAGCUUGUUAUCGGCGGUAUGGACCGUGUUUACGAGAUUGGGAAGCAGUUCAGGAACGAGAGUAUUGACAUGACACACAAUCCCGAGUUCACCACUUGCGAGUUUUACAUGGCUUACGCAGACUACAAUGACUUGAUGAAAAUGACUGAGGAUUUGUUGAGUGGGUUGGUCAAGGAACUAACAGGUGGUUACAGAGUCAAGUACCAUGCUAAUGGAUAUGAUAAGGAUCCAAUAGUAAUUGACUUCACUCCUCCAUACAGGAGGAUUGACAUGAUAGGAGAGUUGGAGAAGGUGGCUAAUUUCAAUAUACCAAAGGAUUUGGCUAGUGAUGAAGCUAACAAGUAUCUCAUUGAUGCAUGCGCGAGGUUUAAUGUCAAGUGUGCAGCUCCUAUGACAACUGCUCGUUUGUUGGAUAAGCUUGUUGGACACUUUCUGGAAGGGACAUGUGUUAACCCCACUUUCAUAAUGAACCACCCGGAGAUAAUGAGUCCUUUGGCUAAGUCGCACAGAUCCAUCAAGGGCUUGACUGAACGGUUUGAGUUGUUCAUCAACCAACACGAACUUUGCAAUGCGUACACUGAGUUGAACGACCCAGUGGUGCAGCGUCAGCGUUUUGCUGAUCAGCUCAAGGAUCGACAAAGUGGAGACGAUGAAGCAAUGGCUAUGGAUGAGAGCUUUUGCACAGCUUUGGAGUAUGGAUUGCCUCCUACAGGUGGUUGGGGGUUAGGAAUAGACCGGCUUGCUAUGUUGCUUACUGACUCCCAGAACAUUAAGGAAGUUAUUACAUUCCCACUAAUGAAGCCUCAGGAUGCAGUUCCAGAAGCGAAGAACAGCAAGGUUUAAAGGAUUUGCUUUUGUUUCUUGAAACAGAGAUAGUGUCUGACUUUUUUGUGAUUUUUGUUUCAGCUUUUCUUGUAAUUAAACCAAAAAAUAAUAAUAAUAAUAGUUUGUGUUUUAAAUAAUAAGGAGUUUGUGUCUAUAUUGUUGAAAAAGAAAUGUGUAUU